GCGUGACGUCACUAGUUAGGGAAAUGGCAGUCGCAAGAUGGCUGCGGAUCUCUUGAAAUUCCAGUUCAAGUCCAAGUUUUUGAGGAAAUUAGCGCGACAGAGGACCUUAGUCGUAGUGUUAGUGGUGUUCAGUUACUUGUGGGUGUCAGCGGAAGGACAGGAGUGCCAUUUAGCGUGCCAGCAUGGGCGUUGUGAGGAUAAUAAGUGUGUUUGUGACGUGGGCUGGAAGGGUCCCCUCUGCCAGUGGUGCGAAGGAAGGGUGAGAUUAUGGUCCAACUCAAGUGUGAUAACGGAUGGUGCAGGGAACUAUUCGACGGACACUCAGUGUGCGUGGCUGAUUGACGCAGGUCAGCCAAAUACUUCAAUCCGUCUCCAUCUCGAUCAUUUCGCCACGGAAUGCUCGUGGGACCAUUUAUACGUUUAUGAUGGCGACAGCAUAUAUGAUCCCCUCCUUGCUGUCUUCAGUGGCAUGGUGGUUCAGGACGACUACCAAGUACCACACAUACCUGAGGUGGUAGCCAAGUCGGGCUAUGCACUGUUAUACUUUUAUUCGGAUGCAGCUUACAACCUAACAGGAUUCUCAAUAUCUUAUAGAGUUGACGGUUGCCCCAGCACAGUUGUAGGCAAGGAAUGCUCAAACAGAGGUGCUUGCCUGGAGGGGAUAUGUACGUGUGAUGCGGGCUGGGGGGGACCUGCCUGCUCGGUGCCAGUUUGCCCGGAAGGCUGUUCAGGCAACGGCCAAUGCAAACCGGAGGAACACCGCUGCCAGUGCCAUCAGGGAUAUACAGGUGCGGACUGCAGUCAGGUCAUAGAGGAGGGAUGGUGGGAAGUGGUUGGCCAUGACAUCACCAGCCAGCUGACCAAUCCAGAUCCGUUCUCCUCUAUGCUAGAGCGAGGGUCACAUGCCACUGUCCUUAUCAAUAACGCAAUCUGGGUCAUAGGGGGAUAUUCCUUCACAGAAAAGCCUUUUGUUUUAAAAUACAAUAUUACAGAAGACACUUGGAGAGCUUUGGAGAGUCGGAGCAUAAAGAAACCAGCCUCAAGAUACGGGCAUUCUGCGGUGGUGUAUAAUGGAUCGAUAUACAUGUACGGAGGCAUGAAGGAGGACGGAACCAUCACCCGAGAGUUCUGGCAGCUAGACACCACCUCCCUGGCCUGGUCGCUGGUCCCCUCGGAAAAGAGUUCCAGAGGGGGCAAGGGGCGGAUUGGGCGCAAGGGGCGGCUGGGACGUCGGGAGGGAAACAGACGCAACAACAGGAGUGGGAGGAGCAGAGAAAAUAGGCAAGAGAACAUCAGUAGCCGAAGAGAAGGGAGAGAGGGAAGAGAGGGAGACGAGGAGGAUUUUGCGGAGGAGGAUGGAGAGGCAAGCGAUCAUUCACCAAAGAGGGAGAAUGGGAGUGAGACAGGGGGUUGCUUGUCUUCGUCGCCUGGGCCCUGUGCGCCCAUACCCUGUGUAGGGCAUGCAGCCGUGGUAGUGCAGAAGGUGAAGAAGAAUGUUAUGCUCGUCAUCUUUGGGCAUUCCUCCAGAUAUGGAUAUUUAAACACAGUCCAAGAGUAUGAUUUCGAGCAAGGCAACUGGGAAACCAUAGAAACACGAGGUGCGGUGGUGAGUGGUGUUUAUGGUCACACGGCCGUCUGGGAUCCUGUGACCUCUCUUGUUUACGUCCAUGGUGGUCUGCUCUCCAUCACUUCCACCAGUCAUGUUGUGCCCUAUCUGAUGACUUAUGAACCUGUCAAACACAUAUGGAAACUGCAAACCCCGGCUCCAGUGCCUCGGUUCUUGCAUUCUGCCGUCCUUUUUAAAGGUUUAAUGCUGGUGUUUGGAGGAAAUACGCAUAAUGACACAGCCUAUUCUUACGGUGCAAAGUGUUACAGUGCGGACUUUUUGGCCUACGACAUAAGCUGUAAUUUGUGGCACACAAUGCGAAAACCCCCCAACCUGUACCUUGAUGUUGCAAGGUACGGACACACAGCAGUGUUUCACCAGGAGGAGAUGUACAUUGUUGGGGGCUUCAACGGCAAAAUGUUGGGCUCCGUGCUGAAAUACCAUCCAGGAGACUGUGAACCCAGGUUAACAUCAAGUGAAGAGUGUUUGACAGCAUACCCAGGUGUUAAGUGUGUAUGGAAUAGGAUCUUAGCACGCUGUGAGUCAAUUGAUUUAAAAGAUAAAAAAGCAUACGAUGUGUGCCCAGCAGUGAAAGCAAAACAUAAUUUCACUGCACUGUGCAACACCCAAACGUCUUGCCACUCUUGUGUCUUCAAUACUUACAACUGCUUCUGGUGUAGUAGCUCCUGCACGGAUAAUAAGUGUACAGAAUACACAAAGGGUGUGGUGAGUGAGGAAGGCUGUGAGGAUGGCUUGCGGUCACGAUGCAAAGCGCUCAGCACAUGCCCCUUGUGUCGGGCACACCAGCACUGCGACUGGGUGGAAAAACAGUGCGUUCCAGCACCCAACAGGACAAUGACAACAGCUCUUACAAAUGGAGCGGCUGGAGAGGCUAGUCCGAGCCUUGGCUCAGAGAACACUCUGCAAACAGUGCAGAUAGACAGAGAUAUGGCCAGUGGUACAGGGGCCACGUUGCUGUCUCACAAGCCUUGCCAGCCUACCUGUGCACAGAGGACAUCAUGUACAAACUGCACACAGAGUUCGUGUAUGUGGUGCUUCAAUCAGCAGCGGUGUGUCAAGAAUAAUUCCUAUUUGGUCAGUUUCCCCUACGGUCAGUGUAGAGAAUGGACCACAGAAUCCAAGAGAUGCAUGGAUGUGGAGCCUGGAAUGAGCCGCUGCAGCAUUCAUCAGACAUGCGAGAAAUGCCAAGCAGACGUUGCAUGUGGUUGGUGUGAUGAUGGAAGCGGCACAGGAAUUGGCACCUGCAUGGAGGGGGGUCAGAGAUACCCCAUCAACCCAGUUACCAAAGCCUCUCAGAGGAAGAAGUGCCCCAGUCCCAACUGGUACUUCACCCAAUGCCCACUAUGCAACUGUAACGGCCACAGCACCUGUGAGAAUCACAGCCAGUGCAUAGAGCCAUGUGCCAAUAAUACUGGGGGAUCCCAUUGCCAGUAUUGUGUGGAAAAAUUCUUUGGAAAACCAAUAAAUGGCGGACUGUGCAAACCUUGUAUGUGCAAUGAGCAUGGUGACACAUGCAAUCGCGAGACCGGACGCUGCAACUGUAAUACAAAAGGGGUAACUGGUGAUCACUGUGACCGAUGUGACUCUCAAAACAACUAUGUCGGUGAACCUCUGAAAGGAUCUUGUUUCUAUGAUCUCCAGAUUGACUAUCAGUUUACCUUCAACCUCUCCAAACACGAGGAUCGUCACAUACGCCAGAUCAACUUUUUUAACGUGCCAACAAAGAGUGAUGUAGAUACUGACUUCGAUAUACAAUGUUCAAAGGCAACCAACAUCAAGAUAUCAUCUAAAUCGACUAAUAGUCACGAAACUUGGAUUAUACGCAACUACACUGGUAAAAGAAUCAAAAGGAGGUUCAGCGCUUCAGAGUACACGUUCGGGUCAGCAGACAACAACACAACAUUUCACGUCUACGUCUACAACUUCACGCCACCCAUAGAGAUCAUUGUGUCGUUCUCCCAACACCCCAAGCUGGAUCUUGUGCAAUUCUUCUCUAUAUUCUCACUAUGUUUCCUGAUCUUACUGACAUUAGCUGCUAUACUUUGGAAGAUCAAACAAAAGUAUGACAUUUAUACCAGGAGACAGCGUCUCUUGGUGGAGAUGGAAGCCAUGGCAUCACGUCCUUUCCGCCCCAUCCUGCUGGAGCUCUACCCGAGAGGCUCUGCCGACACCCCCAACGCCAAUGGCAUCAUUUGCCCCACCCCCACCAACACCACGCCCACCCCCAACGCCAUCACCACCACAACCCUGGCCAACAACUGCAACAUUCUAGGCACCAAUGGCACUGCCAAUGCCAUCAGCAGCUCCCUGACCAAUGCCACCACCAACUCGUUGUCCAGCCUCAACUCCAACUCCACAAACAAGGGGGCGUUCAAGGCUAACAACACAAAGUCUUGCAAUAACAUAAUGAGCAAUGCGACGUCACCAGAUAGCCUUCCUUCGGACACCUUGGAUGGCAUGAUGACGCUCAAGAAGAGAAAGAAGAUCAACCCAAGUCCUAUAUCCCUGGAGCCUUGCAGUGGGAACCGAGCAGCCGUCCUCUCACUCCUGGUCCAGUUACCUACUGGUGGGGAACCCUUCACACCGCCAGGACAUCCAGGUGGUCUGGCAAUCGCAAGCACUCUUGUAACGCUCGGGAACCCGAGGAAAUGUAGUUCUGACCCCAUAACUCUUACGAAGGGGGACGUCAACAAAAAUAAAGCUCUAAGAGGUAAACAACCAUAUUCCAGCCAUUCUCCUGACACCUGUAUUUAACAUAGGCCUUGCCACCAUCCUGUAAGAUGUGCAGAUGUAUCAUGUAUAAUAAGCCAUUGUUAACAAUAGUCACAUCCAAAUUUUAUAAUGUAGUAUGUAAUAAUGAUCAUAAUGAUUAGAUUUAGCAUUAGUUGUCUGAUGCCUUGAGCAGACAAAAGCAUUCUCUGUUCCUUCCUAUGUUGUUGCUUGCAGAAAGCUACAUUGACCUAAAACAGUUAUUUAGUAAAUGAACCAGUGAAACAGGUCUUCAGAUGCACAGGUGUGUAUUUGAAGAUUAAUAAAAUGAGUUGAGCAUUUUAUUCCUUGAAAAAAAUUGGCUAAGUUUAACCCUUUUGUUCCUUGAUUUUAUUGCCUACAGAGAUUUGCCUGUUUUUCCACCUUAGUUUGAAAGAAAGGAAAUUUAAUUUCUUGUAGAAUCACCAGAUGAAGGAAAGUAUUUUUUCUUUACUAUCCAUGUAUUACUAUUACCUUGAAAUUUUGAAGCCUACAAGCAUAUAUUAUUUGUGUAUUUAUUAUUUUUUCAAUUUCAACCAUGUCAACUGUUAUAAUUUCCAGGCCAAGAAUGUCACUACUGUCUGCAAAGGCCUUAGAUAUGUGUUCUAAGACGAGCUUAGAAGUUAAACCUGUUAAGUUAAAACAGUCCAGAAAUGGCCAAACGAAUUACAUAAUGCAACUGUACUGGGAUGUUGAGCCUGGACAGUCCUGGCCACACAAAGUUCCUACUUCUUUGUGGAAUAGUGAGAAGCGUAGCAACUCCACAAGGGCAUGGUGGCAGAAAUUCCUCUUGACACAUGCGUUUUUUCAUUGGCUGAAGAUUGUCCGGGUUAGGAACGAGUGUUGGAGUAUCAUAUACACACGACUCGUAUUUUUUAAUAAUGAAGUUUUAUUUGUUAGGUAUCUCACAUGCUCUGAUAUAUACAGUUAUCAGUGAAAUUAAUAUUAUUAUUAUUAUGAUUGUUAUCUUUAUUAUUAUUAUUAUUUUUUUUUUUUUUUUAGUCUUUCUUUUCUAUAUGUAUUUUUUAUUUAUUUUUUUUUUUUUGCUAUGAAAGAGUGACCACUUCUCAUUUUCAUUCAUUUUUUUCUUCCCCCUCCCCCCCUACCUAUCAACCCUUGCCUUCACUCCCUUUCCUCCCCCACCCUCCACCCCUCCCUCCAGCCAUCAGACUAACAGAAGAUGUUACACGGAUUUGAUAGCGGCUUCGGAAGGGGUAGGGGUGGGUAUGGCGGCAGGGUGGGGGGUGGGGGGCAGGGUAGGGGGAAAAAAAUAAAUAAAUAGAUAAAAACAGGGGAAGGGGAAGAGCACCUAAAUGGAAUCCUGCGUACCAAGCACUUCUCAGGGAGUGGUUGAGAGUCUAGGCCUAGAUGUGGAGGGAGGGAGGCGCGGACGGUGGCGGCUCGGGUGGUUGGCCGUUUCUGGCGUGAGUGUCGAGCCGGCGGGAGGGAGAAAAGAAGGAAGAAGCAAUAAGGGAGGAAAAGGAAUUCAGAUUGUCUAGUUCUCAGUCUUCUCUUUUUUAAGUUCAGUGAGAGUAUGUAAUAAUGUGGAACAAAGUUCUUACAUUUUAUUAUUAUGGUGGUGAUGAUGAUUAUUAUUAUCAUUAUUAUUAUUAUUAUUGUUGUUAUUAUUAUUUUUUAUUUUCAUUAUCAUUAUCAUCAUCAUCAUCACUGUUAUUGUAAUUAUUAGUAAUAUCAUUAUUACUUAUUUUUACCAAAUCAUAUUAAUAAUUUGUACCAUUAUAUUUUAUAAUUAUUAUUAUUAUUACUAAUAUUAAGCAUUUUUGUUUAGUAUUGUUAUGAUUUGUGGGGAAAAAAAAUUAUAUUGUCAUCUUCACUGUUAUCAUGAUAAUUAUCAUUAUUAUUAUUAUAAUCACUACUACUGCUAUUACUAUUACUACUUAUACCACUGUUACCACUACAAAGAUUACUGCUUCAUAUUCAUUAUUGUAAUAGUAAUGAUAUGAAUGGUAAAGAUGAUGGCAUGGUCAUUUUUGGAAAUUUUUGAUUACCUGAAAUGGUGUUCAUUUUCGUUACUAUUGUUUUUAAUGUUUGUUUUGUUAAUAAGUUGAAGUGAAUUGUAGUUUCAGUGCAUAAUAUGUUAGACUGAAGACCAUAGCAUUGUUGUCUUGCCUUACACAGUUUUCAUGAAAUCAGAAUUAGACAAAAAAAAAAAAAAAA